UCUCUUCAUCAAUGGGUAGCAGCAGUACGGUAAAGUCUGGUUGGUGGAGUACUUAAUUAUUGUCCAGGCCUCUCCAAUUCCUGCUGACAACUCCACAGCCAUCCAUCCACUUACUUUUGUCACCCUUCGGUUAGUUAGAUUAGAUCAUCACUCUAUCCAUUGCUACCAGAGAUGGUCACUCUCAAUUAAGUUACAGAGUUGAAUACUUACUUAUUUCCCCACUUUCUUUUCUUGCCUGGGGAUACGUUCGCUUGUUGUUUGCACAGAGAUUCAAGGCCAACACAAGAGCCCAACAUUUUUAAGAAACGGUGAAAGCUAACACUCGAUUUUAGGGCAACAAUAUAAACACUUUCAUUUCCGCAACCGUCACCGCACAACUUGUAACUGAUUUCAUUUCCUUGCUCUCAUCCACAAAAGCUUCUGGACAUUGAGAGAUAACUAACGAACACGGAUUAAAAAUUACAUACGCAGUCAACAUUGCUACACACGGUGCAAGGAACAAAAAACAAUCAUAUUCAAAGAUAUACAUAAAAAAGAUAUAUAUGUACAUAUAUAAUAAACAUAUUUAAACUAGUGGCGACACAAUAUAUUUUCACCAACACGAGUGAUUAAGCGAAAAUAUAAACAAAUCUUGCAAGACAGCGUCAUUUUAUUAAAAGGUAUUAUCAAGUUGGGGCAACACUGCGACAACUUUAAUCAUCUCAGGAACAUUUGUGGGCAAUGAGGGAUGUAUGGUCAUCAUGGAGCAGGGGCAUUAGGUGGGAUACGGUGGCUGUGACCGCGUCAUUGUUAUAUUUUUUCCUCGCCCCCGGACUUUCUGCGCCAGAAGUUUUCACUAACUCGUUCUACGUCCAGCUCCAAGACGGACAUCAUGGGCGGGUAACUGCAGACGGCAUUGCCAAGAGAAACGGUUUCCAGAAUCUGGGCCCGGUGCUGGGCUCCGAAAAUGAGUUUCACUUUGUUCACGAUGGACUUCCACAUGCACGGACGAAGAGGAGCAUCCCCCACACGCGACUCCUUAAAUCUGAUCCACAUAUUAAAAUAGCUGUACAACAAACUGGGUUUCGCCGAGAAAAACGGGGGUACAACCCUCUUCGCGUGGAAAAUCUGGUGGACCUCCCCCCAGUGUUGGAAGACCCCUCUGAUCCUUAUUUCAUUCACCAAUGGUACCUGAAAAACACUGGGCAGAACGGGGGAAAGAAGAAGUUGGAUUUAAACGUAGAAGCGGCUUGGGCGCAGGGAAUUACUGGGAAGAAUGUCACUACUGCCAUUAUGGAUGAUGGUGUCGACUAUAUGCACCCCGAUCUUAAGUUCAAUUAUAAUGCAAAAGCUAGCUACGACUUCAGCAGUAAUGACCCGUACCCCUACCCUCGCUACACAGACGACUGGUUUAACAGCCACGGAACAAGAUGUGCAGGUGAAGUAUCGGCAGCGAGAGACAAUGGGAUUUGUGGAGUGGGAGUGGCUUACGACUCUAAAGUUGCGGGAAUUCGGAUGCUUGAUCAGCCAUAUAUGACGGAUCUCAUCGAAGCAAAUUCCAUGGGGCAUGAACCCAACUUAAUUGACAUCUAUAGCGCAUCCUGGGGUCCAACUGACGAUGGCAAGACGGUGGACGGGCCUCGAAAUGCCACCAUGAGGGCGAUCGUUAAAGGAGUUAAUGAGGGUCGGAAUGGUCUUGGGAACAUCUAUGUUUGGGCGAGUGGAGAUGGGGGUGAAGACGACGAUUGCAAUUGCGACGGAUAUGCAGCUUCCAUGUGGACCGUUUCCAUCAACUCGGCAAUCAAUGACGGACAAAACGCUCAUUACGAUGAGUCCUGUUCUUCAACUUUAGCCUCCACGUUUAGCAAUGGUGCCAAGGAUCCCAACACUGGAGUGGCCACCACAGAUUUGUAUGGGAAGUGCACUAAAUCACAUUCCGGCACAUCCGCAGCUGCACCCGAGGCUGCAGGUGUCUUUGCUUUAGCGUUGGAGGCAAACAACAAACUGACUUGGAGGGACAUUCAGCACUUGACUGUGCUUACUUCAAAAAGAAAUUCCCUAUUUGACGCGAAAGGUCGUUUCCACUGGACAAUGAACGGGGUGGGGUUGGAGUUUAACCAUCUCUUUGGGUUUGGCGUGCUGGAUGCGGGGGCGAUGGUUGCACUUUCCAAAGAAUGGAAAACUGUUCCAGCACGAUACCACUGCGAAGGAGCAUCCAUGAGCAAGCCUCGCAAAAUCCCAUCCAGGGGAUCUCUGAUUCUCAAGCUGGAAACAAAUUCUUGCCAAGGAACGGAGACAGAGGUGGAUUAUUUGGAACAUGUCCAGGCCGUUAUUACUCUCAAUUCAACGAGACGUGGUGACAUCGUCAUGUUCAUGACUUCUCCUAUGGGAACAAGAUCCAUGGUUCUAAGUCGAAGACCUAAUGAUGAUGACCGACACGAUGGAUUUGUCAAGUGGCCGUUCAUGACGACACACACAUGGGGUGAAAAUCCGAGGGGAACAUGGACCUUGGAGAUCCAAUUUAACGGAGAGAAGCCGCAGACUGGAUGGAUUAAAGAAUGGGCAUUGAUGCUUCACGGAACAAAGGAUCCACCUUACGUUGGACUACCUGUAACAGAUCCUCACUCCAAACUGGCAAUUGUAAAAAAGGCUCAUGAAGACAGGAAGAAAGCAUAAACAUUUCAAAUUUGUUAAAUGUCAAACAAGUUUUUUCAUUCGAAAGAUUAAUAUGCGUUGCAAAAGCAGAAUUGAUAUUAAUUUCUACAUUUUUACAAAAUUGGUGUACAUUUGUACGAGAAAACGGUUUUGCCAAAUAUUAAUUAGUUAAUAUAUAUUUGGAAAACAACUUUUUAACCUAUUAGCGAUUUCGUAUUUAAUUCAAAAAAUAUUUAACGUAAAGUUUGUUUGAUUCUGUGUCAAGUCUAAAUAAGCGUUUACUUAAAUUGUAUUUUUUUCGGAAAUCUUGUAACAUGAUUUAAAAUGGUUUAACAACAGUAUUAUUUUGCUUAAAUGAAUGUGGAAACCAUCAAAUGUACUCUUGUACACUCUUUUAUUACAUUCCUUGAAUUAUUGAAUUCCAAUCAUUUUUAGUCUAAGCAUCAGGGAAUUUAUUGCCCACUUGCUUAACUUGAUUUGAAUGAAACUAUGCAUUUUCUUAACCUGUGUAAUGCACGUAUGCAGAUGAGAUUUUCCUAUUUAUGAUUUUAAAAAAUUCCUUACUCCAAUCAAACCAAAGAAAUGAAUUACAUUUUAGUUAAGUACUGAGGAUGUGAUAUCGAUUUUGAGAGGUGUACAUGGAUAAUAAUUAGAAUAGACUUUAAGAAUACAAAAGAUUAAAAUUCAUUUUAGGGACAUGACUAAAAAUUAUAGAAUUUCAACUUAUAUUUAAAUCAUAAAUGAGUAUAAUGUGCUGAGUAUUUUCAAAUCCAAUCAUCCUUAAAUUUUGCGUUGAUAGCUCAAUCCCGUAAGUAUUGGUUCAUAGUUAUUAAUCAUAGGCAUGAAAGUAAAUGGUGCAGGUAUGGAUUUGUUUAACAAUACGUACUAAGUAUAUUUAAGAAAACACAGAUUUAACAUGAAAUAUAAUUAUGCUAUGGUUCAGUUUGAUUUUGAAAAAAAAAGUAUGAAAUGAAUUUUAUGGUAAUAAUUUGACGAUUUAUAUUUGCUGUUACAAUACUACCAUAAUCCAUCAUUUUAUGAUCCCAUCUCUACUUACACAUGUAAAAUAAAUUUAAAGCAAAACCAUCUUCCUAUUCUGUUAAGAUGUAUAAAUUGUCAUUAACAUCAGUCAAAAAUAUCACUCAUCCUAUUAAUCCUUACUACUCUCCACCAGUAGCAUAUUUAAUUAUAUGAUCACUCUAACAUGCAUUUAUAUAUUUUUGAUUCGAAUAUUGGGUUUCCGAAACCCCCAACAUAUUUGUGCAAAAUUGAUUAUAUGAUAGCGUGUAAAUAUGUAUGUAAUUCUCAUUUUAUAAGUAAACGAAAUCGGGUAAUUUUAUUAUUUUCUUUAGUUGUAACUUUACUAAAUAAUGUAAUCUCUACCAAUAUACGGAUUGACUACAUUUUAUCAUACAUACAUAUUUAUAGUUUUAUUAUAUAGAAUUUGACACUCGAAAUUGUUAUUUAUUGGUAAUUAAUUUAAUUUAUUAUAUCAAUUACAAAUUAGGCAAUUGACUGACAAUUGGAAAUAAAUGGAACAAAAUUUAA